UCUCUAUCCUUGAAAACUCGUUUAAGGUGUUUAGCAAGUUAAAUAAAUGUAUGAAUAAAUCUAUUGAGUAAGAUUGAUGAAUAAAAAUAUGUGGGAAAUAAGAGAGAGAAGAAAAGUCACAGUUGUGUUUGUUAAAAGUGAUUUAUGUUGGGUUGUAGAUAACAAAUGGUAAAAAAUGUACAAGAUUUGACAAAAAUCUUACUGUGAUUAAUAUGUUUUCAGUGAAGUAUAGACACGAGCUGUCCGGACUGUGAUUGUAUAGAAUAGUUUGACACAUAACGAUGUAACAGUGUUGUUUUUUUUAACCAUUAUAAAAAUAUUUUGAUUUGAGAUUGAUUACAUAAACCAGAAUAGUUUCGUAGUUUUGUUUGAACUUUAAGGUACGUGGCUUAAGUUUAUGUCAAAAUAUUAUUUAAGAAUAAGGAUAGAGAUUUGAAACUUUUUGUGUAUGUGUGUAUUUGAGGGUGUUUUUUUUUCUUUUGUGAAGUGAAAAAUGUUGAUUGUAUCAAUUGAUUAAAAUAACGAUAUUAACACGUUGUGAAUUAAGCAAUAGAAAUUGUGAAACUUCAACAUGGAUACUUUAAUACGUGUGUUAUUUUCAAGAAAUAAACUUAGUACAUAGAAAAAAUACUGGCAUUAGAAAAGAAACCAUAUGGAAUAAGUAAGAUUUGAACAUAAUAUCUGGCUGCUAAAUCGCAGUUUAUGACAUUUAGAUUGUUGUUAUCAAUAUCUAUUCUGCUAUAAACACAAUAUAUACAGACAUAUUUAAUUAUUUGUUUGUGUACUUUUGUUGAUUUGGAUGAGAAUCAAAAGUAAUUCAACAGACAUGCAACAAUGUCUGAUAUACAGGCAAUAAUAUUGAUGUUUUCUAUACGACACUAUAGCUCAUCAGUGAUGCUACAAGGAUUGGUUCAAUUUUCGUUUUUACAUUUUUGUGUUUUCUUUCGGAUAUAAUUGAAAUUUGAUAAAAAUUGUGCAAGAUGCCAUUCAAACUUAGAAAGUUUCUACGGUUACGGUCAGAUGCCGACAGCAUGAGUUCUUCCUCCAAGAAAGAUGGUACCCCAGCACGUACUAAGCCUCCCUCUGGCAGCAAAGUAGCAGCGUCACCUGGCAACAUGAAGGAAUCCAAGUCAGACAACUCUGUUUUUACCACGCCUACUAAGAAACAAGCUCUAGCAGGAAAACCAUUGAACUCUCCAUGUGGAAAACCAGGCUCUGCCUCACCUUUAAAUAAAAACUACCUGAGCAAAAGUCAUGAAAACUUAACUUCACAUCAAAAACAAAAACUAGCCGCAUUACAGACGAGACCAAAGUCAAGUUUGGGAUUACCAGAAACAAAAAAGAAAAGUGCCAGUAAUAAAGAAAAUGUACAAGUUAAAGAUAAGGAUGGAUUUUUAAAACCCAAGCCGUUAAAGCCAAGUAUGACAAGUACUCCAAUGAGGAAAGCUUCUAGUCAGCAACAGAUUGAUAAAAUGGGGACGGGCCAUACAUCUAAAAAUCAGGGAGGUAACUCUAGCAAAACAAACAAUAUGAAACGUGCUCAUAGCACACAGAAUGUCAGUAAAGAAAAAGCCGUGAAAAAACGAACGUCCGCAACUCCGGAUGUGAUGGCAUAUAAUGCUGAACUCUUAGCAAACUUUGAAAAGGAUAAGAAAAAUCAGGAGGCAAAAAUAUCAGAACUGAUUCAGGUAGCGGAAAGUAGAAAAAUGGACAUUGAAAAAUACAAAUAUGAGAUUAAAAAAUUAAAAGAACAAACACCUAGUCAAGAGUUAGAAGAGGAAGUGGAAAUUCUAAGGACACAAAAUGCAGUAUUUAAAGAACAGUUGAUUAAACUCGGAGUUCCGAUAGAGUCUCAAAUAACAGAUGCUGAGAAACUGAGUUUGAAAAAGAAUCAGAAAGAGGCUGAGUACAUGAUACCGACAAGUGUGAGUUGUGAUAGUUUGUCAACUGAUGGCCAUCCUAUCUCUAUGAUGCCCAUGGUGAUAGGAGCUGGUAUGAAACGUUCGCCAUCCAUUACAAUGUCAGAGCCAGGAAUGUCUUUUGGAGACUAUUGCCGUAGUAACCCUGACCACUCUCUUGACUUACAUGGAAAGUGGGACACGCGUAGUAAAAGUAGCGAUGCUCUUAGUGAUAUAUCAGUGGCCAAUCUAACGGAGAGGAUUCUUCAAAUGGAAGAAACUCACUAUAGUACAAAUGAAGAGUUGCAAGCCACUCUACAAGAACUAGGUGAUCUACAAGAUGCUGUUAAUGAACUGACCGAAGAAAAUGAGAGGCUUGCCGAUGAACGAUCAGUAUUAUUAGAAUCUCUGUGUACACAAACUGAAAAACUUGAGCAUUGUCGUACACAAAUAGAACAACUCAAGUGUUUAUUAAUAAGUGGGGAGCUUCCAAACAAGUCUGAUAGGGAUCAGCAUUUGUUGGAACUCCUUAAAGGAGCCCAAGAUGAGAGAGAAGAGUUUCUGAGAAAACUACAUGCAGCUGAAAGUGAUGCUAGGGUUUAUCAGAGCCAUACAGAAACAGUGAGGGAAAAAUCUCAACUCCUUGAGGACAAGGUUAGUGCACUGAAGUCCGAGAAGGAAAACUUAGAUAAACAAUUAAUGGAAAUGAAAGAAUCUCUUGCAAAUGAACAAAUUGAAGUUGCUCAUUUUAAAACUCUUUUAGACAAUGAGAAAACAAAGGUACAGGAGCUGGAAUCUUACUGUAAAGCAAAUGAUCAAAGUGAUUUAGAACAGUUACUGCAUAAUACUAGACAAGAGAAAGAUAAACUUGAGGAGAGACUGGCAGAUGUACAAGAUGCAUUAGCUCAUAGUCAGAAUGAGGUCACAAACUUGAAAGAUCAAAUCAUAGUGAAAGAAGAAGAGGUUAAGGUUCAUAGAAACAAUGCUAAGUCCCAGGUUAUUGAUAUGGAGUACAAACUUGAACUAGUCAAGAAAGAUAGAUAUGACUUUCAGCAGGAGUUAGAACAUUUGCGUGAACACAUAGACCAACUGGAACAAGACAGUGAUAAGUACUUUGAGGAGAGAAAAAAUUAUACAGCUAAGAUACAAGAACUUCAAGGGGAGGUAAGUGUAAUGAGACAGUUAAAGGAAGUGGCUGAGGCUGAAUUGCAGGAGAAUAAACUGAAACAUGAAGCUGAAUUAGAAGAUUGGAAACAAUUUCAGAAAGAUUUGCAGGUUGCUGUAGUGAUUGCAAAUGAUUUUAGAUCAGAAACACAAGGUGAUAUGGAAAAACUACAGUCUGAUAAUGCCACUUAUAAAGAAAAAUGUCAGUCCCUAGAAGCAGAGAUUGCAAAGUUAAAAAGUGAAAUAGACGCUUAUAAGAUUCAAGAAAAAUCCGGAACUCUUGGUGCCCAGAAAUCCUCCAUUUUGUCCUCUGCAGAGCUUAAAGGUAAAGUGAUCAGUACAAUGGACAAAGAACUGUCGUAUUUACGUGAAGGUCGAAGGAUGGGUGAAAAAACACAACAGACACUAUCUGUGAAAAACUUGAUUCGCUCUAUUGAGGAGCAAGUGAAAAGUGGUUGCUCAUCAAUACAUUCCAGUUCAUGCAGCUCAAGAAGGAAUUCUGAUUCUGAGUCUUCAUUAGUUGGUAUAAGAGACUUUCAAGAAAUAAUGAAAUCCCCUUCAUCGCCUGUUGGCGAUCAAGGCUUAUUGUCUCCAGAAAAUGGCACAACUCCAUUACGGUCAGUCCUGAGACGAACAUCUGAACGUCCCUCACCACUUAAUCGGCACUCGCUUGGCGGCUUACCUUUCGAUGGUUCAAGUUCCCCUAACGAGUCGCCAAAGUCGGCACCUCCUAUCUCUAGAAAUGACACUCCACCUUCGCUGACAUCUAUUCUGUCAAGUAGAACGCCUUCAAGACGUAGCAGUGGAGUAAAUAGUCUAGAUCCAGGAUCAAGUGACCGGAAGGAGAACAGUAGUAAGGACCCUCUAGCGGGCCUCGCCAAGUCUUUCAAAGGAUCAAAACGUAAUGCAUUGCUCAAAUGGUGCCAGCAGAAGACUAUCACAUAUAGUAAUGUAGAUGUGACAAACUUUAGUAGCAGUUGGAAUGAUGGACUAGCAUUCUGUGCCUUGAUACACAGUUAUCUUCCAGAUAAAAUACCAUAUGGUGAACUCACCUCUGAGGACAAGAGAAGAAAUUUUACACUGGCAUUUAAUGCAGCAGAAUCUGUAGGAAUCCAUUCAAACUUGAAUAUCAAUGAUAUGGUGGCGAUGGAGAGACCGGACUGGCAAGCUGUGUUCACGUACGUCACAUCUAUAUACAAACAUUUCGAGGUUGAUAACAAAGGUGCUGUGUAACGGAGGGGAAUAGUGAAUGUGUCAUUCUUCACUUACAGAGAUACAAAAAUAUUACAUUUAAUUAAAACACCAACCGUUCCUGUGAAUUACUUUGUGCACAUUAAAAAUGGACCAAAAUCUGAUUUUGCACAAUCACUAUACAACUGUGUUAUUUCUUAAAUAUAGUUAACAGUUGUUGUGUAGACUGUGAUUGAAAAUAUUAAAUCACUUAUCAAUCUUCCGGUACAUUUAAAGGCACAUUAUGCCUCAGAUAUGAAAAAAUAUUACAUUCUUUAGAUAGGGAAGAUAUGAAAAUAUGUAACAUUUAAAUAAUGGUUUAAGAGCACUUUCCAUGCUUUUCACCUGUAGAAAGUAGCGCUGAAUCUGAAAUUAUUUUCAUAGAAUGAAGCGAAAUGUAAACAUAGCAGUAUUUUGACUUCCAUGCAAAAUACUAAAACAAUAUAACUGUACUAAUUGCCAAAAAGGCAACAGAAGCAAAAGAUGGUUCGCCAAGAGAAGUGAAACAAAUGCAUUGUUGGGGCAUAAUGGGCCUUUAAGUAUAUACAGUAUCGAACAUUUUAAUUUUUGUUUGUAAUAACAGUUGGCUGCUUGGCUUCCACUUUUAAGUUUAUAAGAAGCAUAGUACAUGUAGUUUUAAAAAUCAUUAUUUUUAUGGCAGCUGAUUUUAUGAAAGCUUUGUGUGCAUUGUAUUUGAAAGAUUAUGUUCAAAUUACUAUAUGAUGUUGAGUAAAUACGGUGAAAUCCAGCAAAUUUUAUAUUGAGAUUUUUUUUUUCAUUAAGUGUAUUCUGUAAUCUUUAGUCAUUAUUUUACAUACAUUGAAAUUCAUUUGAUAGCCCUAUGUUUUCUAAUAUAUCAAGUUAACACUUGUUAAAAGAGAGCAUUAGAAGAAAAAAAACACAAAUUUUAUAUCCUAUUCUACAAUAGAUUUAUACCUUCCAAAUACAAAACUACAUUGCAGUUCAUGUGUGUACAUUUUUAUGCUUGAUUAAAAUAUAGUUUGUUUAAGCUCAAUGUUAGCUUUUUUAAAUGCAUUAUAUAUUGUGAAAAUAAGAAAAUAAUUAUGAUUUAAUAACUGUAUGAACUUAACUAACAUACUUCAAUUAACAAGUAUUUUUGGUAUUGUUAGAUUCUUUGACCAUAUUCUGACAUUUCAAUACUUAAAAUAACAUACACAUUUAUGAUUUCAGUAAAAGUACCAUAAAUAAUAAUAUGUUUUUACAUAUUUCAGUCAUUUCGGAUUAUUUUUUUGAUGAUAUAAGUCAAUUUAAAGCAUGUAAUUUGAGGUAAAUUAAUGUGCCUAGGUGGUCAAAAACUGACUUCACACCUCUAACGGCUGUGGUUCAAAUCCUGUCAGAGACUUUGGAUAUACUUUCAUGUGAAGAAGUUAUCCAGUAAGCUAACAGAAGGUGGGUGAGUCUACUCAGGUGCCCAUAUGUGCCUGAAAUAAUGCACAGAGAAGCAUCUGAGGUCUUCCCCCACCAGUAAGUUAUUGGAAUUACAAUAACAAUUGUUAGAAUUACAAUUACAGGUAUUAUUAUUGCAAUAAUCAUUAUUAGAAUUACAUGAACAGUUAGUGUUGCAAUAACUAUUACUAAAAUUACAAAAAUAACAGUUAUUAGAAUUACAAGAACAGUUGUUAGAAUUACAGUAAUCAUUAUUAAAUUACAAUAACAGUUAUUAGAAUUACAAUAACAGUAAUAAAAACUACAAUAACAGUUAUUAAAAUUACGAUAACAGUUAUUAGAAUUACGAAAAAACUAGUCUACUGAAAUCAGGGUUAUAAUUAUAUUACAUAUUGCUUACUGUUAAAUAUAGACAAAUUAUUUUGAGAUUUUUAUUAUUUUAUUUGCUUUUUUUUUCAUUUCCCUCUGUCUAGUAAUUUCAUAAUAUAUUGAACAAUAAGAUGAAAUAUAAAUAAUGCGAUACAAAAAUUCAAUAUUUAUGCAUGUUAGCAAAGUAUUACUGCAAAUACAUGUUUGUCCAUUAUUCUGACUACAAAACUAUGUUUCUGACUUUUUAAAACAAAAAAGGGGGAAAAACUCUGGAUACCUACAAAUUUUUAGACUUAUAAUAUUUAUAACAGUGACUUUGUAAUCAUUUGGUCUACUUGUCCUUUUAUAAUUUGUUAAAUAAUAAUCAGUAUUAGUGAAAUGGCAUAAUUUUUGUUUAUCAGUAUUCAGUGUGGACAUAUCACUAGGUAUUACAAAACAAAUCACAGUUUUCUUGAAUGACGGGAAAUAAUUUUAAUUUUUAUAUAAUAGGACAAAAAAACCUUAAGGAUAUUUUAUUAGAUUACAGAGGCUUUUGUAGUAUACACUAUGCUCAAUUAAAAUUGACGAAGUAAAUAAAUAAUAUCUAACAUUUUUCUCAUGUAAACUGUGGCAAAAACUAUAAGUUGAUAGUUUAAAAAAAAGACAGCAAAUGCCAUGUGUUUGUCCACACUGAAUAUAUAUGUAUAUGUAUUUAAUUUUCAUUUCAUUACUACAUAUAGAUAAAUAUUUUCAUCAAUAUCAUUUAUGUUAUAGUUGUUAAAAAAAGGUCUUUUUCAAAAUGUUUGUUGACUAGCUUGUAAGCAUCAAAUGUUAUAGUUUAUACCUUAUUGACAUUAUAACUUAACUUCCAAAAUGUUGGUUCAUUAACCAUUACGUACAUAGCUGUCCAUCGAAACUGAAUGUUUCAUGAUAAAUUCAUGUAUAAUUAUUAUAUAUAAGAGAGGGUUUUGUUAAGAUUUCCUUUCUUAACCCUUAAUCUGCUGAAUUUGUAUAAUGGAUUUGCUCUGCUUUGAAUUUGGACCAGUCCAUUCAAUCUUUAGGUGAUUUCAUUAUCAAAAUAUAAAAACCCGAGCUGUCAACAGUAUGGAACCUGGUCAGACUGCACAAAUGUCCAUGCUGGCUGGGCAGUCCCUUAAAACAGCUAGAAGUUUAGAGUGUGGUCAGACUGCACAAACGUGCACACUUGCCUGGUCAGUGUCACAAAAGUGCCUGGUUCUAUACUGGUGGCUAAGGAUAAUUUCUUGCAGUUUCAGGGGAGAUGUUAAGUGUUUAUAUCUACAAACUACAGUUACAACAGAGAGUCAAAUUUAAUCAUAUCAGGAGUGUUAUACAAGGUCAUGAAGAAACUGAAUUUAUCACACACCCGUGCCGAUUUUGCGACUCUGUAAAUAUGGUAUUGCACGGCCGUGCAUAUAUUUUGACGUGACGUCAAUAGCGUUAUACAAACAUAGUGUCAAGACGCGCUAAAUAUUAGCGUCAUACUAAAGGCGCGUCAAUGAAAAAUGACUCUUAUUUCACUUUAAACGGUCUUUAUUUUGGGUAUGUGAUAAAUAGAAUAUUAAAUUCGUGUAAGUUCAUUACUGAAUUUAUUGCACUCGUUGAAUAAAAUAAUAUUAUGCUCGCCAGAGGGUCGCAUAAUAUAAUUUUAUUAAACUUGUGCAAUAAAUUCAGUAUUGAACUUACACUCAUUCAAUAUCCUCUAUAUAUGGAAACAAAUAUUAUAUAUUUGUACUUCAAAUUCACCAGAGAUUUUUUAUUUGUUUUGGAUAGGGAAGGGAUUUUUUUUCCAGUAAGCAAGUCAUAACGAGAAGCAUCUUUUCCUUAUUACUAGUUUUUCUGAGUUUUAGAUUAAAAGUCAGUAUAAUAUGUAAGCACAUCUGAAAAAAAGAACAGUGAUUUAACAAUCUCAUUAUUUUCAUAAAAGUAACUAGGCGUGCUUUGUUGUUGUUAUUACAGCUAAUUAUUGGAAUUCCUUUAAAAAGUUUGUUUUGCAAGCUUAUAAGCUGGUUUAUGUAAUGUAUUAUAUGUUUUAGUGCAAUAUACUCUAAAUCUGUUUAAUGAACGUCUAUCUCUUCCUAAUCUUAUGCAUAAUCAGUUUGUCUUUUUUUUUAUGUGUUUUUUUUUGUGUCUUUUAUGUGUUUGCAUUUCUUUCAACUGAUAAUAAAUAAUAAAAAAUGCAUGUGA